AUGCCUCACAAGGACGUUCCUCUCCGACCUGUUAAGCUGGCCUUUGACCCAGUUGGAUCAGACACUCUCGGUAUUCCAGACCUUGACUUUGCCUCUCUGUUCCGCGAGGAAAAGGUCAAGGAGGAUGACCCUCUCGUUAUCCAUCCACAGGAUAUGAACGUCCCAUGGAACACUUCUCUCCCUUGGACAAGACAGUCCAAGCACUGGGCCUACGCUGAGGCUGAAGGAUAUGAUCUCUGCAACGCAAUCACUCUGGAUAAGGCUUCAGAGCGAGGAACCCUUCCUAUGGAGUUGCUGGAUGAGCGUCGCAAGUGGAAGAUUGACGAGCUCGUCGAGGACGCUUUGUCCUGCUGCGUUUAUCUCUAUCCCACAUCUUCUCCCAAGAGGCUGGCUCUCUUGACACAAUCUGUGCUACUUCUCUUCCUUCACGAUGAUGUUAUUGAGCGAGGAGAUACCCAGAAUGAGACUACAGUCGUGGAUGAGUUCCUUACCAUGGCCCCCAAGAACAGACACCUCAAGAAGUUCUGGAAAGAAGUGCUAGAGUGUGACCCCAUUCUCGGACCCGAUCUGCUCUAUGCCAUCAUGGUCUUUGUCCGUGAUGGACGUGUCAAGUCUCCUUUCAAGCAAGACAAGUACGCCACACUGGCCGAUUAUAUGCUUUAUCGUCGCAAUGACGUUGGCAAGACAUUUAUGAUUGCUGCUAUUCGCUUCGGUUGUGGCGUGCACCAGACUCGCGAAGAGCUCGCUCCUCUGGACGAGAUCGCGGACCUUUACGUGCGCCACUCAAUCCUUAUCAACGACUUGUACUCAUACGAUAAGGAAGUCCAUGAAGUCAAGACCAUUGACGCGUCCAUUGUGAAUGCCGUCGCUGUGACAGAGGAGUUGCUUUCCGUCUCACCGAAUCUGGCCAAGACUAUUACCAGACAAAUCUCAUUCGACAUGGAGAAGGAGUUUUACGACAUGUGCGAGAAGUUUAUGACCAGCCCUUCUAUCAACGAUAGACAGCGCGCAUUUAUUACAGGCCUGUUUGAUGCCUUGACGGGAAAUAUCUUUCACUCUGCUACAUUGAGUAGAUACGUUCGUCACGGCGAGAACCCGCUUCCUUGCAAAUGUUAG